AUGAUUGAUAACACCUGUAUUGCUACUACUACUACUACUACUACUACUACUACUACUACUACUACUACUACUACUACUACUACUACUACUACUACUACUACUACUACUACUACUACUACUACUACUACUACUACUACUACUACUACUACUACUACUACUACUACUACUACUACUACUACUACUACUACUACUACUACUACUACUACUACUACUACUACUACUACUACUACUACUACUACUACUACUACUACUACUACUACUACUACUACUACUACUACUACUACUACUACUACUACUACUACUACUACUACUACUACUACUACUACUACUACUACUACUACUACUACUACUACUACUACUACUACUACUACUACUACUACUACUACUACUACUACUACUACUACUACUACUACUACUACUACUACUACUACUACUACUACUACUACUACUACUACUACUACUACUACUACUACUACUACUACUACUACUACUACUACUACUACUACUACUACUACUACUACUACUACUACUACUACUACUACUACUACUACUACUACUACUACUACUACUACUACUACUACUACUACUACUACUACUACUACUACUACUACUACUACUACUACUACUACUACUACUACUACUACUACUACUACUACUACUACUACUACUACUACUACUACUACUACUACUACUACUACUACUACUACUACUACUACUACUACUACUACUACUACUACUACUACUACUACUACUACUACUACUACUACUACUACUACUACUACUACUACUACUACUACUACUACUACUACUACUACUACUACUACUACUACUACUACUACUACUACUACUACUACUACUACUACUACUACUACUACUACUACUACUACUACUACUACUACUACUACUACUACUACUACUACUACUACUACUACUACUACUACUACUACUACUACUACUACUACUACUACUACUACUACUACUACUACUACUACUACUACUACUACUACUACUACUACUACUACUACUACUACUACUACUACUACUACUACUACUACUACUACUACUACUACUACUACUACUACUACUACUACUACUACUACUACUACUACUACUACUACUACUACUACUACUACUACUACUACUACUACUACUACUACUACUACUACUACUACUACUACUACUACUACUACUACUACUACUACUACUACUACUACUACUACUACUACUACUACUACUACUACUACUACUACUACUACUACUACUACUACUACUACUACUACUACUACUACUACUACUACUACUACUACUACUACUACUACUACUACUACUACUACUACUACUACUACUACUACUACUACUACUACUACUACUACUACUACUACUACUACUACUACUACUACUACUACUACUACUACUACUACUACUACUACUACUACUACUACUACUACUACUACUACUACUACUACUACUACUACUACUACUACUACUACUACUACUACUACUACUACUACUACUACUACUACUACUACUACUACUACUACUAUUUUUCUUUGGAAUCUUAUGAAUUUAUUUAUAAAUUUAGGUGGGUAA